UACCGCUGUCAAGAUUGUACCCCUGAACCCAACCUAUGCGCCGAGUGCGUUGUUGCCACCCACCGUCUCAAAUUCGACCAUCGACUACUCGCCUGGGACAAGCAAGAGAAAACGUGGAUAAGCACGAACGUUUUCACACUCGGCCACGUCCUUCAUCUUCAACAUCCCUCAGGAGAAGUAUGCCGCGACCCUGAAGCUCACAACACUCGGAUGACGCUAGUCCACGAGCACGGUAUCAUCCUCAACGCGAUGGUGCGGUUUUGUCUGUGUUCCGCCGAGCCCCACUCCAUGCAGCUGCUGCGCCAUGGGUUAUACCCUGGCACCUGGGGCGAUUGGCCCCGAACCGCGUUCACGCUGACGGUGAUGGAGGUCUUCGAAGCCCAUCUGCUACAAGCGCAAAGUAGCGUCCACGACCUGUAUCUCAUACUCAGACGCAUGACGGAU